AUGGCGGGUCUGACUAGGCGGAAUGUUCGUCCACUGCUCCGCUCUGUAAAUGGGAAGCGCCAUGCGACCGAUGAUGAUCACGAAGAGCCGGCGGGAAAAAGACGAGCGGACAAGACAAUUCCUGCAAAGCAACAAGAAGAAAUCGACAUCAAUGCCGAUCCACUGUCCUCCGACGAUGAGCUACGUGCUCCCCCACCACGAUCAGCCGAGUCCUCGAAACCCACUAUGCCAACACUUCGCAACGUGGAUACCGAAUUGAAGAGACCCCAGAGGAAGCCUGCGAAGAAGAAUGCAUCAAUACGAGCACCAACCAGGGGUGCAUUCAAAAAUAGCCAAGAACUCAAGGCGGGAGAUAGGCAAACUGAAGACAAGGAGAAUGCUCUCGCAUCUUCCCAAGCGUCAACUAGCGACGGGCCAAUCCGGUGGGGUAUGGAGCACGUCUCUCAGAAGAAUAACAAGAAUGCGAAAGGAUAUGAUUCAAAAACGAAAAACAUUCACUCAUCAGCACCAAAAAAGUUUGGGAAGGGUCUAUCCAAACCUGCUGUGCGAACAUAUGGACCAGCAAGUCAAUUAAAGAACAAGCAACCAAGCCAGGACUCUGAUAGUGUCUCAAGUGUCUCCAUGUUGGAUGACGAUGAGCUGCAAGAACUCGCGGAAGAACUGGGUGAACCUAAUUUUUCCGAUGACGACGAUUUACGGAGAGUGAAUAGUAGAGCAACAAAAUCUAAGAAAACCAAAGACAAGGACACCGGGGCUGACCCAUAUGAUGACGAAAACCUAUCCGAAGUGCUCGAUUCAAUAUCGGAACAACCCAUGUCAGAAAAGUCCAAGAAAGCCGCAAAAUCAGCCCAACUACUGAAACAACUCAACUCCUGGAAAGAAAAUAACGACCCUCCCUCCUCACAACCCGACUCGAGCGCCGCCCAAAACCACCUCGACGAAGUAAGCAACUACAUCGAGCACCUCCCAGAAAUCGAAGAAGAAGGCACCCGCUGCCCCCUCUGCAGCCACCCCGUCUCCUCCUCCGACUACUGGACCUUCUGGACCUCCAAGCCCAAAACCGUAAAACACAAAUCCGCAUUCUGCCACCUCCACAAAAAGCUCUCCGCACAACAAGCCUACACCUCUGCGGGUUACCCCGCCAUAAAUUGGACCCUCCUCCCUCGCCGCCUCAAAUCCCACGAAUCCACCCUCCGCCAAAUAUUACUGAACGAGCGCCCCAGCCCCCACAGAUCCAGAUACGAACCCGUGGCUCUAACAGGAAAAGCAGCAUCCAUCCCCUCCAAACGCACAGAUCUAUCGCCCUCGCACCAGGCAGAACUCGAGGCUUACGCUCUAGACGACCGCGCCGCGUACCCGGGCUACUACGGUCCACACGGCCGCCGCCUCAUCACCGAGAACAUUCUCGAUCUACUCAAGCACGAUAUCAAGGGCUGCCGUGAUGCCGUUGUCCAGGCGUCCGGUGUCGCCGCGUUUGUGCAGCAGGUUAUGGUGCCCGAGGCCGCCGUCUUGCUUAUCAUGGAGGAUUGUGGCGUCGAGUGGGACGAGGCCGAGGGGGUCAGGGAGGAGACGUACGAAAUGGGGGUUCUGGUUAAUGAGGAGAUUGAGGACGAGGUUGUUGCCGAGGAGAGUGAGGAAGAGCAGGAAUACUAG